CACCGGAGGUACUUUUGUUCGGGAAAGAGCUUGGUUUGGUCUCUAAUCUUAACAACAACUAUCCGUAUCAAUAGUAAAGCGUUAUUUUUGUACUCUCUUAUACAACAUUUCUUCAACAGUUUCUCAAAGCUGAUAAAGGUCUUAACUGCGGAUGGCAUCGUCGUUGGAAAUGACAGAAAUGUACGAUAACGCCCUGUUGGGCAUACUGCAGCAUGUUGGAAAUAUACAGGACUUUCUACAAGUCUACUUUGGCUUUUUGUAUCGCAAAACAGACUUUUAUCGGCUUAUGUCAAGUUCUAAUGAUAAAAUGGGAUUUCCUCCUGGUGUUGCUGAGAAAAUGGUGCUAAAGACAUUUAAGUUGUUUGAAAAAGUGGCAGAGCGUGACCGGGAGAGACAGCUGAGUGAGCUUCAGAGAAGAGAGGAGGGCAGAACUGUUCCUCCUGCCGUCCAGGAGCUGGAAAUCUCCUCAGAUCCCCAGGAAGAAUCACCACAUCCAAGAACAGAAGAAACACAAAUAGACACAACUUCAAAAGUGGAGGAUGCCCUUUCUCCGCCACUCGCUGCUCCAGUGCAGGAUGCUCAGCAAUCUAACAGUCCUACAAAGCAGUCAACUGAGGGAGACCAAGCAGCUGCUGCUGAUCCCUCAAACGAGACUCAGAAAUACCAGUCGGACCCAGACAGUUACAAUGGGGCAGUAAGAGAAAACUACAGCUGGUCCCAGGACGCCACUGAUGUGGAGGUCCGUGUGUUUGUGCCAAAGACAAUUGUUAAGGGCAGACAGGUUUCGGUAAACCUGCAGAGUGGUAGCGUGUCUGUGAGUGUAAAAGAUGGAGCUGAGCAGAAAACAUUGAUGGAGGGAGAAUUUACCCACAAAAUCAACACUGAAAACUCUCUGUGGAGCUUGGAGCCUGGAAAAUGUGUGGUUCUAUCACUUAAUAAAACAUCCGACAUCUGGUGGUGGAAUGCAGUGCUGAAAGGAGAAAAGGAAAUAGACGUCAACGAGAUUAAUCGCGAGAGAUCUAUGGCAACGGUUGAUGAAGAGGAGCAUGCUGUUUUGGAUCGACUCACAUUUGACUACCAUCAGAAACUCCAAGGCAAACCACAGAGUCAUGAACUGAAAGUUCAUGAGAUGUUAAAGAAAGGUUGGGACGCUGAAGGCUCGCCAUUCAAAGGCCAGCAGUUUGACCCCUCCAUGUUUGACAUCCCCUCCAGUGCUGUGCAGUUCUGAGGCACACCCUGAUUACAAGCCAAAUAUGAACUCUAAUGUACUGAAACAUUACACAAAUUUGACCAGUAUGAAACGGACUAGGGGGUUUGAAAAAGUGUGUCCUGUUUUGGCAAUAAGAAACAUUGGUAGUAAUUUAUUAUUUCUGCAGUGCCUGUAUGCUAAGGAAUUGUCAUGUUGCAAAGUGAAAUUUUUCCACUUCAAUGCUACUGUAACAUGCAGAUGCUUAAGUCUUUCUUUAUCUGUUUUGGAGAUUCCAAAUGUUUUUAACACUGUUGUACUAAAAUGCGGAAAACCGUAUUUAUUUUUUUACCAUAUAACUGGAAAUGCGCUUCUGUAAACCCACUGGCCACAUACAGUUUGUGUUUAGGUUAUAUGGAAAUACUGCACUGUACAAUGCUCGUUUGCGUUCUAAGAGUCUUUGGAUGCAUAAAAAUCUGGUCUUGAAAUAGUAACCCAGAAAAUCUUCAGUGCUUGUUUUUUUUUGUUGCUUGUGUUUAUUGUUUUAAAUAAAAUUGUAUUGAGCUGUGACUGAAUUAUGUGAUCUACCUGGCACACAGACUCAAUUGGCAGAUUAUGUGUCUGUAGCGGUGUAAUAAAAUAUAUAAAGUA